AAAACAAUGAAGAAUAUCAAUGAGUAUCUCCUGAUGAUUAUCGGAAAUUUUCUUGAAAUACGGGAUAUACUUAGACUUUCAGCUACAUGAAAGAAAAAUAAUAAUGUUUUUAAGGACUAUUAUGAACUAUACAAGAGAGAAUGAAAGAGGCUCUAUACUAAUCGAUGUAACUGAUUUAAAAAUCAACUAAUGUCGAAUAAGUUAUCCUCCACAAAUGUUAAUAAAGCUAAUGAUCCAGGAUUUUUGUGCAAGGACAAGGCCACUAAAAUCUGGAAGGACCUUACACUUGAAGGCCUGACACUUGAGUAUUCUUGGAACAAAGGAAACUACUUAUGCACCCAUUUCGAUACUGAGGUAAUAAAAUAUUUAGGCGAUGCUUUAAUUGGUAUUUUAAGAACUCCAGAUUUAACUGUGCCUGCUCUGAUAAAACAUGACGCUAAUGUUGACCUUCACUCUGUAUACUCUCAAUAUCUCUAUGAGUAUCUUUUUAGGAUGAAUGAUGUUUAUGGAGGGAAGAAACCAGCUGCCACAUUUACUUUUUUGUCAGAAAGAGAAGACUUCAUUCAGAAAUCAUUAUUAAAUCUAGGCGGAUUAUCGAAAAGGGAUUACUACGAUUCCCUUGCUUAUGAGAUCCAAGCUCAGGAGGAAGGCCAAAUAUUCUUUAAUCUAAGGUGGUAUUGAUCUAGCCCAAAGUUUAGUGCUUAUUCUGACAAUUCAUCUUAUGCUUCCACUCAAUUCACAACCCAGCUUUCUGAAGUUCAAGGAGUGAAGGAGGUGAAGUCUGAGUUGGUUUCUUUGCUUCUACAGAUUCAUGACACCAUCUCUUUUCAUUGUAAACUAACCUAUGAAGUAAUUGCAGAUAUCGAGGACGAAUUCAGAUUUUUGCAAGAAUACAACAAAAGAUGGAAUGCCUUUGUUGCUAGCAUGAUCAAAAUGGAUGAAAUAUUAAUCCCUCUGAACAUCACAAUCAGUAUGGUCUACAAGAAAGUAUUCCCAGACUUUAGCUUUUACCCUCAGUUCUCAUUCCUAAGGUUUUUCUUGUCCAUUUGGAGAAGAGAAGUCUACAACAUGCUGAAGGAUUCUAUUGAAGACUACAUCGUUGGAAUUUUCAGGAAGUUUCACAAGAAUUGUUUGGUCUAUAGCCAAGAAGAGAAAACGAUCAGAAAAGAAAAACUAAAUAGAACUUCUCUAUCAGAUUACUUCAAAAAGAGUCAGAAGAACUCUGACUGAGAGGAAGGGUUCAAGUCCAUGAUCACUCCAAUGCUUUCAGAAAUCAACGUCAAAGUUGACGACCUUCAGAAUAGUUUCAGAGAUGCUGAAAUGAGUGACCAGGAAGAUGAAAUGAAUUAUAUUCUCGAUAUUGAAAUGAUGUACGGCAAAGAAUACGAUUCAAAUAUCCCUAGCAUUGGCAGACAAGAGAAAGAGUGUAUCAAACAGAUUAUUAUUGACGUCAUGGACAUUAGUAUGAACGAAUUCUCCAUGCAUUACAUUCUUCACUCAGAUAAUGAUUAUAUGGUUCCAUUUCGAGAUUUGAAAAAGAGAAUUGAGCGUGAGUUAUUCAAAUUUUACAAAACUUCUUGCGAAAAUGUACCGUUUAAGCUUUGGAGUGAAAUCAUAGAGGAACACUCCAUUAUUUUAUCUGAGAUCCUACCAGUAUCGAUUCUAAAGGAACUGAACAAGCAUAAGUUCAGUUUUGUUCAGAAAUACAUCAAGAACAGAAUUAAGGUGCAGUUAGAAAAAUACUCAAAAAUCUCUAAGAAGCAGAAGGUAGAGGUAGAGGAAGAGGAGAAGUCAAAGGUGAUUGUGAUGAAUGCUCAUUCCCAAACACAUCAAGGUAGAGUUGUAAACAGGGAGGCUUACUUGGAAUCAACAGUUUCUAGUUUCUUAAAUACCCCUUUCCAUGAAUUCUUGGUUUCUCGGCUGAAAAGUAAGAGUAGCAAAAUUACUAUUCUUUCAAUCUUGGCCCAUAUAAAGGAGCAUGAAGUGGAGAUUAUGAAUGUCUACAACGAGAGUUUCCGUGUGAAUGCCAAGUUUGAAGCUACGACUAAGUCAAAGAAUAAUAGGAUUUUAAGAUACAAAGAACCGAGGGGGUUCCCGUUAAGCCUUCCUACUAGUGAAAGUGCCCUGUAUACAAUGGACCAUGAUAUUACUUUGCAUCUUCUUGAAAAGUUUAGAACGGACAAAGAGCACGAGCUGAAAAAGAAACAGGUGGAAAAAGAAGAAGAACAUCACGACUUCGACAACAGUUUCGAUCCGGACAGUUGAGAUGAAGAAGUACAAUUCGAUUUUGGGUCUAGCCUGCCUCGUUACUCUAACACUGAAAAGAGAACUUCAAAGUUUGAUCCUCUCAGCUCCUUAAAGCUCUUGAAGAGUAACAAAGGAGCUGAUAUAGACAUGGAUAUGGAGGAGACAAAUUCUGACACUAAAACUGAAGCUAAGAAUGUUGUUGAGGAAAGCAAAAAUAACUUUGGGAACAUCUGCUCUCUCUUCAAACCCAAUAAUAAAAACAAGGAAAGUCAACAUAUGGGCCCAUUUGAUAAUUGCGAGUCAGAGGGUCUUAGGCUACAAAGAACUAGUAAUAUUUCCUGAAAUGCAGCACUACCCGACAACCAAAUGCUAAGAUUCUCAGAUCUCGAAAAUAUGGAUGACGACUUCGAUAUGGAUGAAAUUCCUGAGAAUCUUAGCUUUAAGAGGUGAUAAACGUCAAUAUUUCAGGAAAAUGCUCACUAUUGAACUUUAUGUUAAAUUCUUAGCAUAAAAGAUUCUUUAAUGGUAAGCAUGGCAAGAAAUUCUCUUGAAAACACAAGAAUAAAUUAUAUUCCUAAUAAUUAUAUAAUUUAAUACUCUU